CGCAUUAUCAGCCCUACCCUACGACGCCAUCCCCGGAAACGCUUCCUUCCCACGUAGCCUCCUCGGCCCUUCGGGUCGUCACAUUUUUGCCUCUCUAGGCUGGUCGGGCCUCUCCUCCAUGGUCCGGUGUGUUAAUAGUGUUUUGGAAGCUAGCCGGUGAGGCCGGGCCGGGCUCGGACGCUGCAUCCUCGAGUCAGUCACCGGUGGCGGGGCGACCGGGGGCCCAUGGCGCGGCGGCGCUGAGGCGCAGGCGGUGGCCGGGCCCCGCGGGCCGGCAUGGCGGGCCAGUUCCGCAGCUACGUGUGGGACCCGUUGCUGAUCCUGUCGCAGAUCGUCCUCAUGCAGACCGUCUAUUAUGGCUCGCUGGGUCUGUGGCUGGCCCUGGUGGAUGCUCUAAUGCGAAGCAGCCCCUCGCUGGACCAGAUGUUCGACGCCGAGAUCCUGGGCUUUUCCACUCCUCCAGGCCGGCUCUCCAUGAUGUCCUUCAUCCUCAAUGCCCUCACCUGUGCCCUGGGCUUGCUGUACUUCAUCCGGCGAGGGAAGCAGUGUCUGGAUUUCACUGUUACUGUCCAUUUCUUUCACCUCCUGGGCUGCUGGUUCUACAGCUCCCGUUUCCCCUCGGCGUUGACCUGGUGGCUGGUCCAAGCUGUGUGCAUUGCACUCAUGGCUGUCAUCGGGGAGUACCUGUGUAUGCGGACGGAGCUCAAGGAGAUCCCCCUCAACUCAGCCCCUAAAUCCAAUGUCUAGAAUUGGGCCCUAUGGACACUCUGCUGCACUUGGGACCCCCAGCACCUUGGGCUGCUCAGACCCUCCAGAUGAGGUCCAGCCCAUGUCUGAGAGGAACCCUGGAGAUAAGAUCUCUGUUGAUGGAGAUAGCAAGGCCCUGUCAAGGAGGCAGGUAGCAGUCAGGAUCGCAGCUGCAAGAAUGGCCUCUGUCUCUGAAGCCUUGGUAUUGGAAGAUUAGGAAAGGAACUUCUUUGAGGGUAGUAACAGAUUUGGAAUGAUGUCUCUCUUGAGCCAUCAUUUCUGUCACCAGCCUCUUGUUUUUUAAAAAGGAAUCAAGGAUAUCUGAUUGGGGAAAAAAUCAAGGAUGUCUGAUUGGAGCAAACCACUCUUCUAGUCAUCUGUUUUACUCCCCUGGGACAGCUGUUACCUUUGCCACAUUGCCGAACCACGGUGAUUUUGUUUGGAGGAAAACUUGGUUUCCAGAUCCUUAGCCACAGAAAGAAAUGUAGGUGCAAAGUACCGGGAUGCUGUCAGCGAGAGGAUAGCAGAUGGAAACUUCAAGCACAAGGAAAACAACAACAUGCGCCCUAUUACACACAUAUAUGUGUGCACCCGAGAAACCAUGACUAGCUGCUAUCCAGUCCCUCUGGUGGGUCCCUGUCAUGCUGCCAGCUCUCAACAUGCAGGCUUCUCAAAACCCAGAGAAGAACCCUAGCAUGACUUCUAGUCUGACCCUCAAAACAGAGUCACUGCCUGUUCCUUUGGAAAUAGGUUCCCCCUGGACCUCAGUUCUGGAAGGAGUUCCUUUUUCUUGUAUUUGGAAUUCUCUGGUGGGAAGGGUCUAAUGGGUGUCCAGAGAUAAAAAGCUUAACUUUCCAGCCUGGGCUAUGAUGGGAGAGAUACGAAUUUGCUGCUAAGUUUUUUCUUUGGAGUAGAAUUUCCUCUGAGGGCCUACAGCUGUCCUUCCUAUAUACAUAAAUACAGUAUUUUCCACAGUU